ACACGAGGAGACAAUUAUGACUUUUGUCCGAAAAUUUGUUCCCUUUUUUCUUUCCGCAGUACGGAAACGAUCGAUCGAUCGAUAGGCGGCGUCACAGACGCCGUGAUGGACGUAGAUGCGGAGGCUGGAGCGGCGGCAGAAGAGAGAAGGCUAAACGCAUCUGCUCCAGCACCUCUUGCCGCCGCCACGCUACUCCAUUGCCGUAGCGAUCUGAUUUAGGGCUCCGAUGAGAUGUUGGCGCUCGAGAAAAGAUCCAAUACAAACCGUUAGAUCAGCGAUGCUUGACCUAUUAAAAAUCUUCCCUGGCCUCCGAAACACCGGAUACUGCGCAACCAAUGGAGGGAAGUAAAGACGAGGGCGGAACCCUAGCGACAACGGGAGUGGAAGACGAGGAGCUCAGGUCUCUUCUCUUCCCUGAUGCAAACAACCUGCCAGAAGUUCCUCCUUCCGCCGUGGAAUACAACUUCGUUCGCUACUAUGCCAUAGAUUUUCUCAAGCCAGGGCAUGAUCAGUAUGUAUAUCGCCAUGCCAAUGGAUUGUGCGUCGUGGGUUUGGCUCCUACCCAUGUUGCGUUGAAGGAGGAAGGUGGAGUCACGUCUGUGGAUUUCAACGUGGGAAAGUCUGAUCGAAGCGAGAUGAAGGUCACCGGAAAGCGCAAGCGAAACGCACAGCAUUUUGAAACAAAUACUGCAUUGUGUAAAGUUUCUGCAAAUGGGAAAGAGUUUAUUGUCAGGUGCUGUGUUAAAGGUUCCCUCUUAGAGGUUAAUGACAGGCUGCUUAAGCAGCCAGAUCUGCUUAACUCAUUGGCUGACAGAGAAGGAUAUGUAGCCAUAAUGAUGCCAAAGCCAACAGAUUGGCUUAAGAUCAAGGAUUCCCUAUCGAGUCAUGAAGAUUACAAGAAGCUGAGAGGCCUUGUCUGAGACACGACUGCUAUGUGAUUUAUGCAUAAUUGUCGCAAUCUUAGAGGACAUUGAAGUUCCAUUUGCAGAGGUGGAUAGUAAAUAUAUCCUUUGAUGGUUGAGGAUCACCUAAACAUUAAAAAUGUAAGAUCUGUUGAAUUCUCAGCUUUUCAGUUUCCAUACACUAAGUUAAUCCAUGUGCCAGAACUUUCCUGGUAUUCAAGUUUAUGAUAGUUCACAACCUGUUUAUCCAUUAUAAGUUUUCAAAUAUUUAGGUUGUCCUUUUACUUCA